AUGAAGUUAUCAAAUAUAAAGUUCAAAAAAAAUUUCUCUACAUCAAGAGUAGUGAAAAUUAUCAGCGGUUUAAGUAAUUUUAAUCUUAAUUAUAUCGUUAGAGUUGUAAAAGCAGCACAAAUAGGUAAAGCAGAUUAUGUUGAUAUAGCGGCUAAUGCUAAAAUUGUAUCAGUCAUAAAAUCUUUCACAAAAAUUCCAAUAUGCGUUUCUUCUAUUAAUUCAAUAGAUUUAUACCGUUGUAUUGUGUCUGGUGCUGAUGUAGUUGAAAUAGGUAAUUUUGAUUCUUUGUAUUCUCAAGGAAUUAUCUUUUCAAGUAACCAAGUAAUAAAAUUAGCACAAGAGAUUAAACUAUUGUUGCCAAAUUCUACUAUUUGUGUAACUAUACCACAUAUACUCUUGUUGGAUCAGCAAAUAAGACUAGUAUCAAAUUUACAAAAAAUUGGUAUAUCUAUGGUACAAACAGAAGGUUUAAGCACGAAACUUAUAUAUAGAUCUAUAUAUAAUAGUUAUGUAUCGUAUUCUAUCUAUAAAGCUUCAGCCGCAUUAUCUUCCUCUUAUUCAAUAUCUCAAUCUACUGAUAUUCCAGUUUUAUCUUCCUCGGGUAUUAACUCGAUUUCUGCUCCAAUUGCUAUAGCUUAUCAGGCAUCAGGUGUAGGUAUAGGUUCAUUAUUAAAGAAUUUUAAUACUAUUGAUGAGAUGUCAAAUUGUAUAAAUGAUAUAGUUGUGUCGUUAUCUUAUUGUAUUUACGGUUUGCCACAAAAAAAAUCCUUAAAAAUACAUCGAUUUAUUAAUUUUGAUAUUCAAAUAGCAGUAUAUAUAAAUUAA